AUGUCCGCGCAGCGAGGCACCUCCACGGCGGAGCGCCUCGCCGCCCUCCUCGCCCUCCUCGCCCUCGCCGUCACCUUCUCCACCUUCAACGCAGCCUCCUUUGGAAGCCUCCACUUCGGAGCCGAGAUGGCGCACGGCCCGACUCUGGGCGACUCGCGGCCGCGCGAGCUCGUCGCCGAGCGUUUCGUGCUGCAGCAGCUCGCGCGCGCCUUCGUGCAGGAGCCGUGGCUGCUGCCCGCGUCGAGCGCCACCCGCACCGCCCGGCCACCGCCCGAGGGCGGCUGGCCCUUUCCGGUCGCGGACGAGGCGGAGGCGGCGGCGGGGCGUGCGUGGCUCGAGGCACAGGGCGGCGGCAGCUGGGGCGGAGACAGCUUUGCGACGGGCGGUGGUGCGUGGGCGGGCGGCGGCGUGGACGGCGGUGGGGAGGGUGGCGGGGCGGACUUAUGGGCGGGUGACGGCGGAGGUGCGUGGGUCGAGGAUGGUGGCGUGGGUGGCGGGCCGGAGGGCGGCGAAGCUGCUGCUGCGGAGGAGGAGGCGGAGGCGGAGGCGGAGGCGGAGGAGGAGGAGGAGGAGGAGGAGGGGCGGGGGGAGCUCGUGGCUGGUGUGGGCGUGCAGGUCGCUGUCGAGUACGUGGGGAGCAGGCCGCCACUGGAGGCGGGAGGCGGCGGAGGGCGCUACCUGACCCUGUGCGAGACGGACUGGGUCUGUGCGGCCGCGUGGGACGCCGCCGGACCCGACGCGCGCUUUGAACUGCUCCCCGCGCUGCCGCCGGAUGGGACGCCGCCGCGCGCCGAGAACGGCUCACGCGCGGCGCCGCCUGCUGCGGGGGGAGGAGGGGGCGAGAGCGGGACCAACGGGACGGCUCUCGGCGGGACGGCUCUCGGCGGGGGCGGCUGGUUCGCGCUCCGCAGCGUGUCCAACGGCACGCCGCCCCAGGCGGCUCCUCGUCGAGAGGCGGUCCCUCACCCGGUCCCUCACCCGCCUCGCGAGCCCGCGGCGAGGAGCGGGCCGGCGCUGCUCGUGCUGCCGUCGGAGCUGUGGCGCACCGGCCCGCGCCGGUUGCGCAACCGCGGCAGCGGCGGCGCUCUCCUCAACUUUCGCGGCCUGAGCGAUGGCAUCUCGGUCCGCGCGCACGGCGACGAGGACUCGGCGGGAGGGUCCGAGGCGGCCUGCAGACGCGCCUCGCCGCGCACGCGAUUCGAGCUGCGCCGGAUCGCGUCGCCGCCGCCUCCUCCCCCGCCGCCGCGGACGGCUUCGACUUUGCCGCAGCCCGCCCCCGUCACCGCCGCGUCGGCCGUGCCGCUGCCGACGCCGCAACACGCGGCGCUCGAUUCGCCGCCCCUCAACUCCUCUCUCGGGCCGUAA